CCUAAUAAUUUGUUAUUUUUACAUCAUAGUAAAAAUUAAGAUUGGGCAGGUAUUUCGAUACCUGGUCGUGAGCUGAAAAUGAAGGUGAAAAUGAUAUCACGGAAUCCUGACGAUUAUCAAAGAGAGACGAACAAAGAUAUCUACAAAAUCGUUCGUAACUGGAAUGCUCCACAAGAUCCAUUUCGUGCUCAGACUGAGUAUACUCGUGCGCUCAAUGCCACUAAGUUGGAGCGAGUCUUCGCAAAGCCAUUCGUUGCGAGUCUUGACGGUCAUGUUGAAGGUGUACACAUACUAGCGAAGCAUUCGAAUCGACCAUCCAUUAUCUUGUCUGGCGCUCGAGAUGGUCAAGUAAAAGUAUGGGCUUUGGCAAGGCGACACUGUCUAGCAACUUUUCAAACGCACAAUGGGCCGGUCAACGGCAUUUCUAUUGAUGUCGCCGCGGACAAUAACUUUGUGACUGUCGGCCAAGACUGUACUAUAAAUCGAUGGAGACUACCACACACUUCAAAUACUGUUGGUGGAGUCAUCUGUAAACAAACGGAUUCGAUAAGUCUUGACGGCGUUGCUCAUGCCGUCUCUCAUCUGGCUAACUCCUCUGAAUUCGUUACCUGUGGUGAUGGCGUCACUGUAUGGGGAGCUCAGGGGAACAAAAGGAUACGAGAGUACGAUGUUGGACAUGACACAGUCCACACAAUACGUGCAAAUCCAAUCGAAGAAGCAGUCCUAGUGGGUGCAUGUAGUGAUCGCUCGAUUUUCGUGAUUGAUACACGACAAGCUGUACCGUUGACAAAGGUUACUAUGAAGCUACGACCCAAUCAAAUUGCUUGGAACCCAAUAGAGCCGUACACAUUCUCAGUAGCCAGCGACGAUUACAACUUGUACACAUUUGAUAUGCGCUUCCUUGACAAUCCGAAGUACCUCCAUACUGGUCAUACAGCAGCUGUUAUUGAUUUGGACUACUCUCCGACUGGUCAAGAGAUAGUAUCCGGUUCUUUCGAUAGGUCUGUCCGGAUAUUUCGCGCUAAUGAAUCGAGGAGUAGAGACGUUUAUCACACCAAACGCAUGUCCAAUGUACUGUCUGUGUUAUGGUCAAUGGAUAAUAAGUUCGUACUUUCUGGUAGUAAUGAGAUGAAUGUACGAGUAUGGAAGGCUAGAGCUGCGGAGAAACUUGGUCCGCUCGCACCGCGUGAGAAAGCUGCGUUUGCCUAUAGCGAGAGGCUCCGUGAUCAGUUCAAGGAACAUCCAGAGAUUAGACGGAUUGCUCGGCACAGGAAUGUACCGAAAAGCAUACUCCAUGCGAGUCGUGAACAUGCGACCAUACGUGCAUCACAAUCACGCAAAGAAUUUAAUCGACGAAAAGCUGAAGGAAUCAAAGAUGAGGAAGUGGAGUUCGUCCCGCAAGUCAAGAAAUCUAUGGUUAAGAAGAGCGCCGAACCCUUGUAACAUAAGUGCUGUUCUUUAUCAUUGUUAUUUCGUUGAUUUCAUUGUUCCAAAUCUGUUAAAAUUUUAUUUCUCACAUAAAAAGUUGAAAAUGAAGAUCACAAUAGCAGUG